UAUAGAUUCCUGAUUCCCGCCAAGAUAUCCAAACUGUGCCAAGAUGUAUAAGUUAUUGGGUAGCCUGAAGAGCUACCUAAAGUGGCAGGACAUCCAGACGGAUAAUGCCGUCUUUCGUCUCCACAACUCCUUCACCACGGUGCUCCUGCUCACCUGCAGUCUGAUCAUCACCGCCACUCAGUACGUGGGCCAGCCCAUCAGUUGCAUUGUCAACGGUGUGCCACCGCAUGUGGUGAACACCUUCUGCUGGAUCCACAGCACAUUCACUAUGCCAGAUGCUUUCCGUAGACAGGUUGGCCGUGAAGUAGCCCAUCCCGGUGUGGCCAAUGAUUUUGGUGACGAAGAUGCCAAGAAGUACUACACCUACUACCAAUGGGUGUGCUUUGUGCUCUUUUUCCAGGCCAUGGCCUGUUAUACGCCCAAGUUCCUGUGGAACAAAUUCGAGGGCGGCCUAAUGCGUAUGAUCGUUAUGGGUCUGAACAUAACGAUUUGCACUCGCGAGGAGAAGGAAGCCAAACGCGACGCCCUUCUGGACUAUCUGAUCAAGCACGUCAAGCGUCACAAGAUGUACGCCAUUCGUUACUGGGCCUGUGAGGUCCUGUGCUUUGUUAACAUCGUCGUACAAAUGUAUCUGAUGAAUCGCUUCUUCGACGGCGAAUUCCUUUCGUACGGAACCAAUAUUAUGAAGCUAUCGGAUGUGCCUCAGGAGCAGCGCAUUGAUCCAAUGGUGUAUGUGUUCCCGAGAGUCACCAAGUGCACCUUCCACAAGUAUGGUGCCUCCGGAUCGCUGCAGAAGCACGACUCUCUAUGCAUCCUGCCCCUGAACAUUGUCAACGAGAAGACGUACGUGUUCAUUUGGUUCUGGUUCUGGAUCCUGCUGGUUCUGCUCAUCGGGCUGAUGAUCUUCCGUGCCUGCAUCAUCUUUAUUCCCAAGUUCCGCCCCCGUCUGCUGAAUGCCCGCAACCGUAUGAUUCCGAUGGAGAUCUGUCGGCCAUUAUCCCGGCGUCUGGACAUCGGGGACUGGUGGCUGAUCUAUAUGCUGGGCCGCAACCUGGACCCAGUCAUCUACAAGGAUGUGAUGAGCGAGUUUGCCAAGCAGGUGGAGCCCUCCAAGCACGAUCGUGCCAAGUAAACCUGACCUAUAGGCCUUGAGACCGAAGGGAAUGCGAAAGUUAGAGAGAGAGAGAGAUCCUACCUUUAUUUUUUUGACAUUUAAACCUCCUUUUAAAACUCCCUUGGACACCUCAACUCAAAAAAAAAGGAUUUUUUUUUAGACCCAAAUCCAAAUUCAGUUUUUGGACUUUAUUAUUUUUUAUUUUUUUUAUUUAGCACAAAUCAUACUAAUUAGUUGAAACUCCAAACCAGGACAGAUGAUAGUUCUGUGAUUAAACUGACCACGAACCCUUCCCCCCCGCAUCCUUCAAAAACAAAAAAUAAAAAAUGAAACUCUUUAAUGAAUUAAUCAAUGAUCACAACUCGAAUCGCUUGGCAGAAAAGACAAAAAAAAUCUGAAAACGGCAGAGACACAUCACUUUUCUUUUAUUUUCGAAUUGUAACUCAAAAAAAUGAUGAGAUUUUCCUUGAAAAUGCGUUUUUUUUUCUGCAAAAAAAAAGAAAAUUUUUUUUCCUAAUUUUAAAAUAUAAUUUAAUGCGUAGCUUUUAUUUAUAAAUAGACAACAUCCCUAAAACAGAGAAGAAAAAAUAUGAAAAGAAGCAGAGAACCCCAAAAAAACAAUGAUAUUUUUGCAUGAAAUUGAGAAAGAAAUGUUUAAACGCUUCGGAUAUCACCGAUAAUAAUAAUAAUAAGAAUAAUAAUAACAAAAUAAUAAAUAUUGCUUUUGAGUCUUUCAUAAUAAUAAGUCUGUAGCGUUUCAGCGGCGAAAUAAAUAAUUAUUUUUGGGGAUAUAAUAUUGUGAAGAGAAUAAAAUGCGCUAUGUUAAGUUUAUUGUGUAGUUUUAGGCGAAAAUUGCAAAAUACGGUUUUAUAUAUGUAUCCAUAAAAUAUACAUAUUUCAAACUAAAACUUAUAAAAAUAAAAAUCUUUUUAAAACUGGCGAAA